AUUCAGUCGCAUGUGAAGCUUCAAUCUGUAAAUUAUGAAACGAAUGAAAUUUAUUGGAAUUGUUUUAAUUCUGAUCGUGAUCAACAUAAAUUGUUUUCUUGACUGUUUUGAAGCUUCAACAAAGGAAUCAAACCAUCUGACAACAUUAGAAGAAAUGAAACAAAUCAACACAGAAGAUCAACCAUCACCAACAACUUUAAAUAAUUUAGACAUCAUACGCAAAAGAAUUCAAAACGAAAUUAAAAAACGGAAAAAAAUUCAACUGAAUCAAGACAAUGAAUUGAAAGAUGUGUGACCUCAUUACUCGCUCAUUAUUAAAGUAAAUAAACUUAUCGAACUUGAACUUUAAAGAAAUUGUGUUAAUCUCAAAUAUCUAUGUACAAAAAGAAUUCAUUUAAGUUUUAAGAGAUUUAAAAACUUAACAAAACAUUAGAUUGCCUCUCAAAUAUCUAACUGAAUGGAACAAUUCUUUUGAAUGAGCUAAUCACCGCGUAAGUUUCAUCGCCCUCCAAAUUAGAAUGAAUGACUUAACAUUAAUCAUCUCGCCAGCAGUCUUAAGUCUGUCCCGUGAUUGUUUUACAAUCAAACUCUAUUUAUGAUUAACCAUAAGGAAGUAUCAGCUUCAAACUAACAACAAUAAAUUCUAUUUCGAC